AUACAAACCAGCGCAAUCCAACAAGCAACACAAGCUUUCCUGGCCUCUCCUUCGCUACCCCUCUUCCACUUAUAUAACCGGGCGCCUAUCCUGCGCUCCUCCUAUCCUCUCCUUUCUCUUUACUAGGCAUUUUCUGUGUUGGAAACAGUUCUAAUUCAUUUCGCCGUCGUGUUUUUUCUCGUUUUUUCUAUUUUCAUCUGCUUCGUUUGGCUGGUCCAAUCGAACAGUCUCAUUUGCACUUGGACAUAAUCACCCAAGCUCCAUAGUCGUACUUGCGUCAAUAAUAUCCAUACCCCAUCCCCCCAAAACCAGAGCAACUUUGUUGAUCAAAGUCCCCCUCUGUUGAUAUCGAAGGAACAAGAAAAAGAAACAGCGUUUCUAGUUAUCAAUAUCGUCAUCUUCUUAUUCUACAUUAAUACAUACUCCCCCCGGCUCCCUAAUCGAACCAAACUGCAAUCGUCCAGAUCCCAUCAUGUACGCCGCUCGUGCUUCCAAGCCAAAGCUCUCUCUGAGCAUCUCUGCCGUGACUCAAAACUCCGGCCGUCCGUCGUUGUCGCUCAAGUCUCCUGGCGCAAUGCCUCGCACGCCGACCUCGCCUUCUCCUCUUAGCCCGACGGCGAGAAAUACAGUGGCAAACCAGCGAGGUUACCAGACGUUGCAGGUGCCGACAUAUUCCUAUGCGAAUUCGAGCUCAUCGAAAAGUAUCCUGAAGAAAAGUGCGGAGUCCAACGCGAGCAGAGACAAGCGCAUCCAGUUCCAGAACAGUCCAACUGUUUACUGCGUAACCCCCAUCGAGAACAAGGAUGAUGUCUAUGGAGGCUAUGUCAAGAUGUCCCGCGAUGAGCGACGAUGGGGCAGGCGCUCUUGAAUUACAUAGGCCAAGUUUUCCGAAUGAACGAACCAAAAAUCCACACAAUCAAUCGCAACCCAGUUGAGCCACGAAGGGCUUGAAGCGCAGCGACGAUUGUGGACCUAUCCUGGGCGGAGUCAAUACUAUCAAUUGAUGAACAGCCGCGCCCGGCUCCGACAUACACACCGUGAGGCCCGCCAAUCUUCGAGUCAAACUCGUCCUUUCAUACGCGUGGUCGAGGUCGGAUUAGCCAGACGAAACCAAAGUUCGGGUAAAAAAAGAAGUCAACAACAGAAACGCAGUUAUGGAUAUUAUAUGAUGUUAUGCCUCCUAAUGCCCGACUUAUCGCUUGCAUGUGCAGAUGUAAAUAGCAAAUAAACAUGACAGUCGUUACCGUUCUUU